CUGGCGUAAAAGUCCGACUAGGGUUUUAUUUUUCCUUCAUACUCAUAACUGAUAAUUCCUCUAGUUUCAAGGUUUUCUUUAGGGCGAUGAAAGCUGCAAAAAUAGGGAUCGAAGAUGUUAAAUUCUCGGAUAGGAUCAGUUAUUUAUCUGACGAUUUGCUCUUCCGAAUCCUCUCAUUAGUCCCAAUAACCGAUGCAGUGAAUACAAGCAUACUAUCUAAACGAUGGACAUCUGUGUGGAAGAUGAUGCCGAUGCUUGUGUACGAUGCAAACUCUUGUCCUUCUCGUAGUUUUUUAAAUUUUUUUAGGAGAUCACUGGAAUUACAUGAAACUCCAGUUCUCCAAACCCUAACUCUCAAAUUGAAACUGAGAGAUUGCUCUGAUUCUUUACAACUCCCAAGUAGUUUCCCAAAUACAGUCUUCCAAUACCUCGUCGUCCUGAAACUCUACACGAUGGUUUGCCAUGGUUUCACAGAUAAAUCAUCUGUUUGUUUCCGGUCCUUGAAAAGUCUGAACCUCACGUUUGUGAGCUUCCUUGACCAAGAAUCUUUCUGCAUGCUUAUGUCGGCUUGUCCUGUUCUUGACGAUCUCUUCUGGGAUAGUGUUGCCAUAAGGCUCUCUUCUUUAUUUCCCGCUUGCGAUUCUUUAUUCACCAUAUCGAUCCCUUCUCUAGAGAGACUGGAGAUAAAAGAUUAUACUCCGGUUCAGAGUCAUCAAAGCCAUGAGUCUAGAUUCAAGAUUAAUGCUCCUUCUUUGAAGUACUUAAAGAUCAACUACAAUAGCUUUGGCCGUUUCGAGAUUUCUAGUGCUAUGCCAAAUCUGGUUGAGGCUACUCUGCGUGUUGAUCCUUCUCAAACUGACAAGCCUCUCAUAUUUCUUACCCCAGUCAAGUUUCUUUCCAUACAUUUAUAUGUUACAGAGGUUCUGCUUCUUGCGGAUAAGAUAUCUCAGCGGCUUCUUCGUCUAGAACUAUGCAUCUAUGGAAAAAUUUCGCGUAAUUUGCUUCUGCAUUUGCUAAAACAUUCCCCUAAACUACAAGUUCUCAAGCUUCGGGAGAUACGUUAUUCAACACAAGUGUUGAAUAAGUCGCCUCGUGUCCUAGAGUUCAAGGAUCCACCACUUUCGUUCCCUGACCCGAGCUCGGUUCCUGAAUGCUUGUCCUUCCAUCUUACAACUUUUGAAUGGAGAUGCUACCGAGGAACUGAGGAAGAGAAAGAAUUCAUUAUUUACAUCCUGCAGAACGCUGCUUGUUUAAAAACGGCUGUGAUCUCUGUAUAUUCAGAAGGUCGUCGGUUCGGGGAGAAAGAGCUGCUGUGGAUCAAGGAGUUGGAAUCUGUGCCUAAGGCUUCAACUUCAUGUCAGCUUGUGAUUCGACUUACUAGUCGGGUUAACCUUCCUAGAAUCUCUGUUGUGGAUCUCCCUCGGAAACUACAUUUCAUGUGA